GCUUUGAGAUUUUUUGCGGAAGGCAGUUACCAACAUGGAGUUGGUACUGAUUAUAAUGUCGGAAUGGGUCAGUCAACUGUGUCAAAGUCACUGUCUCAUUUUCUCGAAGUCAUGCAACGAAAGCUUUGCCCUGAGUGGAUCAAAUUUGACCAGAGUGAAGAGGAAAAAAUACAAGCGAAGCAAGAGUUUUAUGUGAAGGCUAGUUUCCCAGGAGUCAUUAUGUGUGUUGAUGGUACGCACAUAAAAAUAGUGAAGCCAUCUGAAGAGGGGUUUCUAUAUUAUAAUAGAAAAGGUUUUUAUAGCAUCAAUGCUAUGGUGGUGUGCGAUAACAGAAUGCGUAUAAAAAGCAUUGAUGCCAGGUAUCCUGGGUGCAAUCACGACUCGCAUGUAUGGGGCUUAAGCAAGCUGAGAUCGCAUAUGGAACGGCGAUAUCGGGAAGGUGAAAGAAACGCGUGGCUGUUAGGUGAUGCGGGGUAUCCAUUGCAGCCUUGGCUAAUGACUCCAUAUCGAUCUGUAAGUCAAGGCAGCCCGCAAAGUAAUUACAACAUGCGGCACUCCACAACAAGGAAUAUAGUAGAGCGGACGAUUGGGGUAUUGAAGAACCGUUUCCGAUGCUUGUUGGGUGCUCGAGAACUACAUUACUCACCACAAAAAGUCAGUCAAAUAAUAAACGUUGCCUCUGCUCUCCACAACAUUUGCAUUUACUACAAAGUGGGAGAUUUGAACGCAAAUGAAUUUAAUUUUGAAAGCCGUCAGGAGGAGGAGGAAGAAGAGCAAAGCAGUGACCCCGAUUAUACUUCCAUAGCAAAUCGUAUUCGAGACAACAUACUCGCUACUUUUUAAUAAAUUUGAGAAACG